AUAUGGUAAUCUAAGAGGUGGCAGUAAAGAUAUUAAAAAUCAUCAAUGGUUUAAGAGCGUUGAUUGGGAAAAAUUAUUAAAACGAGAAUUCAUUCCACCUUAUAUUCCAAAUGUUAAAGGUGAAGGUGAUGCAAGUAAUUUUGAUGUUUAUCCUGAAGAAAGGGAACCAUAUGGUAAACCAUGUAAUGAUAUUUUUAGGGAUAAAUUUUCAUCAUUUUAA